GGCGCCACCGUCGGAAGACGCGAUCACUGUUUUCAUUCCGUCUCGUGCUGGUUAGGGGUAUUUUCUGGAUCGUGAAAAUCCGAUUUUUCUACGGUUUAUCGGCCGUAAGUCGUCAUCAUUGGUUCGAGAGAUGAUCGUUAAGAAUAAUCGUUCAGGUGUCUCAAGUGCGUUCGGAAAGUAUUCUUGGAAAAACAGGAAGUGAAUCUAGGAGGGAAGAGCAUUAGCGAGGAGAGCCAUCUUGACGAGCAUCGGCUCUCUUCGCUCGUGGUAGAGACAGAAGAAGAGGAAAGGAGUCGCGUGUGGCGGCAGCAAUGACAUCUUUCCGAAAUAAUCGCGAUAUCACGACGCGCUUGAAUUAUUUGCGUUAACGGUAGUCGCUUCGCCAAACUGUAUUUGCUGACAACGCAAAUCCAAGCGUAAUUUUGAACAAGAUGGAAGCGGAUGAUGGCCCGUCGGCUAUCAAUACUAAUCCUAAUAGUAUAAAAGCUGCACAAGAAGAAAUGGGACGUUUAGAUAUUUUGGUCUGUGGCCAAUGCCAUUCUGUUUUUCAUUUUAUCGAAGAAUUUCAAGAGCACCGUACUAAGGAAGGAGCUUGUUCACAAAUAUCACAUUUUCGUGAAAAUACUAAUAAUGAACAAAAAGCACAAGUUUGGGCCUUUCUUUUAUGGAAAGAUACACAAAUUCAACAAGAAGGUUCGGACAGGGAUUCAACCAAUUCUUGGAAACUUUAUCAAAAAUGGUGUAAGAUGGAUACACAUAUUAGAGAUUCAUGGAUCACAGCAGGAAAAACCAUUCAAACAUUCACUAAAAUUAGUAAUGCAAAAAUGCAAGAAGUUCCAAGACAAACAAAUUCUAAUGUGGAAGGAACAAAACCAUUAGUAGUACGUAAGGUUAUAAGAAAUGGACAACCAGAGGAAGCAUCUGAUACGAAAAAAGAUGCUAAAUCUUCCGAAGUAAAAUCACAAAAAGGUUUAGAAUCUAUGGAUAGUGAAGUUGAAAAGAAAGAAAAGCCAAAACUGAAGCCAUCUGUUAAACCGAAGGGUAAAUCUACAAAAGCAACAGGAGAUGAGGAUAGAGACUCGAGUACUGAAGAAUACAUCGUGGAGAAAAUUUUAGCUAAACGAUUCAAUCCAAAGAAGAGAUGUUCAGAAUAUUUACUCAAAUGGGAAGGUUAUUCACAUGAAAGCAAUACAUGGGAACCUGCAGAAAGUGUUGCAACUUGCAAGUACUUAUUAGAAGAAUUUGAAAGAAAUUUGGCGAAACAAAAGGAACUGAAAGCGGCACAACAACAAGCAAGUACUAAAUUGUCAGGAAAAGUCGCAGCACAAAAAGCAGUAAUAAAAUCAGCAGACGCUAGUAAACCAGGUCCGAGCAACGUGGUUCAAGCUGGACGUCCUAUGCGUUCAAGUAAAUCUAAAGCAAUGGACCAAGUAAAGCAAUGGUGUGGUUCAAUGAAAGAUGAGGAGAGUGACAUAUUAGGAAAGAGGAGAAUAGAUUAUUCUGAUAGUGACUCCGAAGAAGCUGGCAGUAGCGCUGCGAAAAGGGCAAAGGCUGACACAGGUAGCGACGAGGAUUGGACCGGAGAAUCAGAAGAGGAAAAGCUGAUGGGACGUAGUGAUGUAAUACAACGUGCAUUUAACCGUGCAAACGCGCAAUCUAAUGGUUCGAACAGGACUGUUUCUACUACUGAUCUUGCAACUUCAUUGGGACUGCAGUCACCAGAAGGUGCAAAGUCAAGUCAACCUCCAGUAUUAGUCGCCAAUGCUAAAGGCGUUGUUAAAGUUGAUCCUAAACAAAUGCCAAAUUUAACAUCUGGUGUUUAUGUUAUGUCUCGAAAGGAUGGCAUUAUAAAAUUAGAUUCAUCUCCGAGUGGAAAACUUGCUGUCAAGGGUUCGCCCACAACACAAGGUGUUUUAAUGGUACAAAAUCGAGAUAAUACUAAUGUUGUAAGAAAACAAGUUAUUUCUGCGACGCAAUCAAACUCAAUUACUCCCGUGAAAGUAGUUUCCAAAAUGGAUGGAAGUCAAGUAGUAACACAAAUGAAAGUAGUUUCUAAGCCAGUUGCAUCUAAGACAGGAGGUAUACAAAAAUCAGAACCUAUAAAAAUACAGCCAAAACCAGAUCCAUCACAAUUACAACAAAUACAUGUGGUGACUGCAGUACCAGCUCCAAUAACGUUACAACCAAGAAUAAGUACAGGUAUACGACCUAGUCCUGUUGCAGUAACGCGUGGUGCGGAUGGUCGUCCUCUGUUACCUAGACCAACACUACGUGCAGCUACCCCAACUAGUGUCCUCGGCAUUGGAUCACCCAUUCGUACUCCUGUUAGAGCACCAGCUCCUAGACAACUACAAGGCCAACAAACACGACAAGUGCUACAGAAACGUACAACGGUUGUAAAUACUCAAGCUAGUUCACCUAGUACUGCAACGGUGACUCCUGUUAGACCGAAAUUUACGGUACUUAGUUCGCAGGGAAAACAAGUUAUAAAAUCUGGAAGCCCUGCGCAAAGCAAGCAAUCACCUAAAUCAUCAUUGGGUAAACCACAGUCUUUAUUGUCGCCACAACAAAAGUUGUUAAUGGCAAAGAGAAAAGCACAGGAGGCAGCAGGUUUGAUUAAGCCAGGUGGACGUGGCAUAUUAGCUGGCAACCGUGCGUCGGCUGGACGUGGUAAGGCUAAAGCUGUCGAAUCACCAACAGUUAUUGCUCCAGGUAACAAACCUAAAGAAAGUAAAUUAGCAGAAGGGGAUGGACUUCAUAUGGAAUUUCACGAAGUGGGUUCCGAGGAAAGCAGUAGUGAAGGGGAACCAGAACUUCCUCCACCCGAGGCAGAAACGAUUACAACUGCCGAACCUGAUAGCCCACCGCGACCAUUCACUCUGUGUCCGUUAACCGGACGUAUAAUCGGACCUGAUGGCGAGCCAGUUGAACAGCCUGCCGAAGCUGAAAAUGAACCAACUCCUUCGACGACUUUACCAAAUGUUAAAACCGUUACAACUUCAUCGGAAAGCACAGAUACCGUUGCAACUACCACUACUGCUGAAUUAGUGUUACCUUCUCUUGAUUCCCUUGCAGAAGGUGGUGGUAUUAUGAGAGUAGAAAUGAGUCCAGGAGGAACAACAGGUACUAUUGUCCAGACUAGCGAACCAGCACAAAUUCAUUUACCAAACGAAGCAGUAUCUGCUCCAGAUCUUCCUUGUUUAGAUGAUACAACAACAAAUACAGUAACAGCACCAACCACAACUAUAUCAACAUCUUUAACAGAAACACCCGUAAGUGAAUCUACCAACACAACACAAGGUGUAACAACAGCUACAGUAACAUCAACUACAACUAUAUCAGUUGCAUCUACUGAUGUAAAUAAACCAGAUGAAAAAAUGCCAGAAGACAGAAAAGUAACGGAAGACACAUCUAAUUUAGUAACAAUAACAGGAGAAGAUGGUGUGGUAUAUCAAGUCACUGGACAAGCAGAUGAUGGUCAAACCUUAUUAGUAACGCGAGGAGCGGACGGUGAACAACAAUGUGUAUAUGUCACCACCGAACAGCAAGGAGAUGAAGGAUCCGUUUUAACACUGGACCAUGCUGUUGCUGAAGCAGUCGCACAAUUAAUACCAGAUCAAGUCAAUCUUACGUCACAGUUCUAUGUAAAAGAAGGUGAUGCAGAGCCUACUGAAAACCCAAUGGUAAUGUCCAUAAUGGACAAUACAAAUGCUACGGAUGUUACCGGAAGUCAAGAAGAUAGUGACGGACAAGCACAAGUCGUGGCCCAAGUUGUACAGGCAGAAGAACCUACACCAGGUGGAACUAGAAGAGUAGUAUUGCUUUUGCCAGAUGGAAAUUUAAUGAUGACUGAAGUCGACGAAGAACAGUAUGCUGCGCUUGAACUCGACAAAUGAAGAUUUGUAACGUUUAGACACAUGUGAAGAGAAAAAUGACAAACCCUGUGUCGGAUUAAAUAUUUACAUGAAUCUUCUAUGUUAAGGGUGACCAUGGGUUGUAUAUAUGUAAGAACGAUUACUUCGUACAAUUACAAUGGACAAAACAUUAAUAUUUUCCAGCUAAACAAGUAUGGUGCAAGUAAUAGCUGGUAAAAUUGUAAAAAUUCAGUACCACACAUAUUGAAGUUUAGACUUUAUAUUAACCCAAAAUAUUUUAGAAAUUCAUCUCCUAACUUCGAACAAUCCUCUGGAAUUUUAAUUCUUAUGAUUCAUUUCCAUUAUACAAAUAGUAAUAAUAAUACAAAGAUAGUAAUAUCAGAAUUUCGAUAUCAUCAGUAUACAGCUUUUGAAAUAAGUUGUACUUGUAGGAUAGUGAGGUAUAAUCUGGGGUUUUAUAUUUUCCAAACAAGGCUUUAGUCAACUCUCUCUCUCUCUCUCUCUCCCCCCUUCUCUCUCUUUCUGCAUACAAAGUCCAGAUGUAUACAUUUAGGGUGUCGUAUAAAAGAGCAUAAUUCGAUGUAUUAUAUUUCAAACACAUUGGUGCUCAUUUUUUUUAUGUAUUGCGAAAUUGGUGUUUUUACCAAACAAUUAUACUUGAAGCUUGAACCUAGUUUGACUUUAUUGAUUCUUUCGUUAAGCAUAAAAAUAUGAAGUUCAUGAAAUGAUUUUUUUUUUUUUUUGAUUAUUAUUAUUUAAGCUAUAUAGCUUUCAUUACAUUAUGUAUCUUUAAAUAUAUUUUAUUUCGUAUCAUAUACAUUUCUAACACUCCAGACGUGUUGUGCUUCAUGGACUAUGUAUGCUUAUUUAUAUCAUAAAUAAGUGCACUCUCAUAAGCAACAUCUAUAAUUUCUGAAACUCUACAAGGAUUUAAAAAUACAAAGUUGUUUAAUGGAA